AUCAUCACCGGGAUAGGCGCAUGUGCACCGAGGGUAACAACGUUGUCUGUGCCGACGCGUCGGUGGCUCCUGCCUUUCUGCCUUUCUUCGCUCCGAUAUCGUGUAAAAGCUACGUUUAGUGACACGUCGCUCUUUUUUCGAAGCGCUCAAUUUUCGUCGUGGACUCGAGGCCGGUUGCGGCUCGUGCGUCAUGUCGGGUUCCUACUCCCACCGGGUCUUUGCAGCGUCGAUUUGUGCGCUUGUAUUUGGCGUGAGUCUGACCACGGCUCAUGACCACCAGCAGCAAGCGGCGGUGCCUAUUUCUGGUGACACGAAAUCCGAGAACACGGUAGUUGCGAACGAAAUGAAAAAGAAGUGGAGUGCGCAAGAUGUGGUUCGAGACUUGGAGCACAUCAAGCAAGACCUGGCCAAGAUGAUAGAGCUAGAGGGCGCCGGAGCUAUGAGUCAGCAGGAACUGGCGUUCUACUAUUUACGCAUGCACGACUUCGACAACAACAACCUGCUGGACGGUCACGAACUUAUGGCGGCCAUGCACCAUACGAACGAGGCCCAUAAUCAUGACGGGGAGGGUCAUCACACAGACGUGGACGAACUAAUAAGACUCGCUGACUCUGCUCUCGAAGGUGAUCUGAAUCAGGACGGGUUCCUGUCCUACCCAGAAAUCAGAAGUUCAUUGGAUAAACAUCCAUAAACGUACGCGACACUACGGAUGACAUCUAGUGUUACGUGUUUAUAUGACAUUGUUAGACGGGGUCACGGAGCUGGCUAAUCAUUUGGUGCAGCGGGAGCGGGAGCGCGCCACUUUGCCUCGUUUUGUGUGGUGGCACAACAGUGAAGCUCUUAUAGUGAACUAAAAUACAUAUUUAUUUGGGUUAGAAUGAGUAAAUUAUAUGUUUGGGAAUAUACGUCACUUAUAUUGUUUUCGAGUAAGAUUAUUUGUUUAAAGUUUAUCCGUUUUUAGUUCGAGAACAUGAACCCAGUCUCAAAGCAAAAUUUGUUACCCAUCGGCACAUUAUUAUUAAAUUCUUGUCAAGAUGACACAUCAGACAGGCGGUGAAGUAGGACAUAUGCGUGCAAGCUCUUUUGAGUUUUUCUUAUUGUUGUAAUAAAUAUUGAUAUGCAAGACGAAUGUUUCA